GCUCCCUCAUUCAUCCUCUCUUUCUCUCUUCCUCUCCUCUCUUCUCUUCUCUCUCUCUCUCUCUUGUCUCUCUUCCUCUGUCUGAGGCGGAAGAUGAGCAGCACACCGAGUCUGCAGCCCCCUGCUUCACCUCACCUCGCUCCGCUACGCGCCAGGAAUGUGCCCCCUGCUCCGUGCCCGCCGGGCGAGCCUGCUCUCUUGCCGCCCGCUGUUCACUUCUUCUCCCCCCCCCCCCCCCCCCCGGCCCCACCCGGUCCUCCUCUCUUGCUUUGCAAUCGUGCAAACGUGGCUGCAGGUCUACUGGCGAAUGAAGGCUGUCGAUUCAAGAUAUUCGAUAUGCUCCAGCAUCUCUCUGUGUCAGCCUUGAUGGCUAAGCACAGUGUUGUGCACGCAAAACUAUUUUUACAGUUAUGGAGUUUCUCAAUUAUCCUGAUAUUAAAAACGUUUAAACUUUUAAACUCACACCGCCGUGAUACAGCUAAAAAAAAAGGAAAGAAAAACAGGAAAUCUGGAUAAAAAAUCUGGAAAUAUAAAGGCCAGUGGAUCUGAAUCGAGGGCCAAAGUGGCGCAUCUUGUCAUUACGUGGUGUUGAAGAAGAAGCCCUCAGAUAUGGCGUCUCGAAGUGAGGAGAAGAUGAGGGUCCACGCGCACACCAAGUUCUGCUUCAUCUGCGUGCUCACCUUCCUGUUCAACCAGUGCAGCCAUUGCCACAGCGAUGGGCACGGACACGGACACGGGCAUGGACACGGGCACGGACACGGCGGCAGCGGCGGCGACCUGGACCACGGGCACGGGCACGAGCAGAGCGACCACGAGCACGAGCACGAGCGCGAUCACGACCACGACCACGACCACGUCCACAACGACCUGCAGAUAUCCCAGGCGCCGUACGUGGGGCCGUCCGGUCGUCCGGCGGGCGAGGCGGGCGACGACGGCGGCGGCGGCGGCAUCAGCGAGGCGGAGAAGGAGCAGCACUACUACAUCCAGAAGCUGUUCCACCGCUACAGCCAGGGCGACCAGCUCAGCUUCCACGCCUUCCAGAACCUCCUGCUGAACCUGGGCCUGGGCGAGGUCAAGGUGCUCGACGUCAAGCACGACGAGCACGACCACGUGGCUCACCUGGACCUGCUGGACCACGCGCGCGACCACGACCACGACCACGACCACGCGCGCGACCACGACCACGACCACGACCAUCACCACGACCAUGACCACGACCAUGACCACCACCACCACGGCCAUGACCACAACGCUCACGGAGAGCGCCACACCUCACACUCGCACCACCACCACCCGCAGCAGCACCCCGACAACAACAACGCAGAGGCAGGAGGGGGGCACACCACCGCCGGGCAGGACACGUUCCCCUGUAGUCGGAACAGCUCGGGGCCGACCGCGGACAGUGGUCCCGUGGACCGGGACGAUCACGAUCACGGCCACGAUCACGGCCACGAUCACGGCCAUGAUCACGAUCACGCUCAGGACAGUGGGCGCGUUAAGGCGCAGGGUCACGAUCACGAUCACGAUCACGAUCACGACCAGGACAAUGACCACAAGCACAGCCACGACGAGCACGGCGAUCGCAAUCACACCGCCGCGGCCAUGGACCGCGCGGCCGACAGCAACGGGUCCGUCCAGGUGCGCGCGCGGGCGCAGGAGGAGAGCGGCGACCACGUCCACAGCGAGCAGUCGCCGCCCCCCCACCACCACCACGACCACCAUCACAAGCAUCCGCACCCACACCCCCACAACCACAACCACGAGCACCGCACCCCGGGCAAUAGCACAGACGGUCGGACGCCCGCUCCCCGGGCACCGAGGCCCACGCAGGUCCCCGCCCAGCCCACGCGGGCACGGCAGAGGCCCACUUUGGACUCCGACGCUAACGUGGCGGACCCGAGCCUCCAGGAGGCCGGCCCGACGCAAGCUCCGACCCCGGCCCCAGUGACCAGGAGGGCCCGGAAGCCGCCGAGACAGAGGGGCGGCCAGCGCAACAGAAACAGGACGACGACCACCGCUGUGCCACCCACAGCGACGGAACAGGAGCACGGACACGCUCAAGAUCAUGCUCAAGAUCACGAUCACGAUCACGAUCACGAUCACGACCACGACCAUGAUCACGGUCACGAUCACCACGACCACAGCCAUGACCAUCACGACCACAACCAUGACCACAGACAUAGGCGCUCGCAGAAAAAGAAGCGAGAAGUGCCAAACAAGGAAAAGAGAUCGCUUGCACAGCCUCAUUCUGACAACCACUUCCACCAACAUGACACGUGCUUGAACCUGACUCAGCUGCUGCAGUACUACGGGCUGAGUCCGCAGUCCACCAUCACCCCCCGCCAGUUCACCUACAUCUGUCCUGCCCUGCUCUAUCAGAUCGACAGGCGCCUGUGCAUACGCCACACGGAGUAUGAGAACGUCCAACAAGAACAAACCGCCAUGGUGUGGUUGUGGGGCUUCGUGUCCAUCACCAUCAUCAGCUUGCUGUCGCUGCUGGGCGUGGUGCUGGUGCCCAUCCUCAACCAGUCCUGCUUCAAGUUCCUGCUCACCUUCCUGGUGGCGCUCGCCGUGGGCACGCUGAGCGGCGACGCCCUGCUCCACCUGCUGCCCCACUCCCAAGGCGGCCACGACCACGACCACGGCCAUGACAAGCCCGUGGACGACAACAGGGACCUGCUGGAGGAGUUUGACGCCGUGUGGAAGGGCCUGAUGGCGCUGGGCGGGAUCUACCUCCUCUUCGUUAUCGAGCACUGCAUCGGCAUGUUCAAGCACUACAAAGACCAGGGGGGCACCCUGUGUCGGAGGAGGAAGAGGAGCGAGGAGGCGAAGAUCGGCAGGAAGCUGUCGGACCACAAGCUGAACCGUCGCUCCGACGCUGAGUGGUUGCACCUGAAGCCACUUACGGAGGGUCCAGAGGGCACGCCGUUGCCGGGCGAAGUGAGCCACAACGACACACAGCUGUCCGAGCUCCAGCCGCCGGACACGCCCCCCACCACCACCACCACCCCGCUGGCCCUCACCGACGGCCACGACGGCCAGCCGCCGGAGGCCGAGGAGCACCAGGCCACGGAGAACGGCCGGAAGGCCAAGGCCAAGAAGCACGGGCACUCGCACGGCCACGGCCACUCGCACGCGCACUGCCACUCCGAGCAGGAGAUGAAGGACGCGGGCGUCGCCAGCAUCGCCUGGAUGGUCAUCAUGGGAGAUGGAAUGCACAACUUCAGUGAUGGCCUUGCUAUAGGUGCCGCCUUCAGUGCCAACAUCACGGGUGGCAUCAGUACCUCCGUUGCCGUAUUCUGCCAUGAACUGCCUCAUGAACUUGGCGACUUUGCGGUGCUGCUAAAAGCGGGCAUGUCCGUGAAACAGGCCCUGGUCUACAACGUCCUCUCGGCCCUCAUGGCCUACGUGGGCAUGCUGAUCGGCACGGCCGUCGGUCAGUACACGCACAACGUCACCAGCUGGAUCUUCGCGGUCACCGCUGGCAUGUUCCUCUACGUGGCUUUGGUGGACAUGCUGCCGGAGAUGCUCCACGGAGACAGCGAGGAGCACAAGCGCUGCCAGCUGGGCCACUUCCUGCUGCAGAACCUGGGCCUGCUCACCGGGUUCGCCCUCAUGCUGCUCAUCGCUAUCUUUGAGGAUCGCAUCAAGUUCGAUUUUGACCUCUAGAUAGCGGGGAUAGUAGAGAGAUAGCGGGUGGGUGGGGUGGGUUUGGGUAGCAAGGGGAGACAGGUUGAGGAGAGGGGGAGGGGGGGGGGGGACACAGCUUAAAGUACGUGGGCUUCACCUUCAAGUGGCUUCAAAGUGCGGAGUUUCUGUUCUGCAAGCAUGGUACAAACAGCUCUUAUUCACACCCAUCAUGCCUCAGUUGCUAACUGCAUCUCUGGAGGCACUAGCAGUAACUGACCAUGAGGACAUUUGUUUACAGUUUACCUAUCUUUUUAUUUUGCUCACAUCCCCCCCCCCCCUCCCCUCCCCUCCCCCAACCUCGUUGUGUCUGUCUCAGACCCCCACCCCCCUCCCCCGCCCACCCACCCUACCUGACAAACACAGUUGGCGCAUGCGUUGUGACUCGGGUCAUGAGGCAGAUUUCAUAAGGUCACCCCUACGUGCACUGUCCAGUGCCUCCCACCACACUGCUAGUAGUGUUACUUUAGCCCAUGGCAGCUGCUCCUCUGACCGCGGGGGGAAACGUUCUUCUGCUCGUUAAAUAACGUCUGCAUCCAAGAAAACAACAACAAAACAAAACAAAAAAAUGCUAGAAUUGGCAUAGGUGCUUUUCAUUUCAGUCAACCCUUUGCUACCACUGAACGACUUGAAUUUCCACCCCAUUGCUAAGCCGAGAGGGACGUGACGAUGCAAUGCCACUCAGACUGGCAGAGGAUGAUUUCCCCCCACAGAGGCAGCUCAUGAUGGCCAGAGAGCCCUUUGCCAGCCUCAUUACCUGCAGUCUUUGUCCUCUCAGCAGCUACCCGCGACCAUCUGUAUUGUCAGCUGUCUACGCGUGCGUGCGUGUAUGUGUGUGUGUGUGUGUAGUGCAGCGUCGUUGUUGUUGUCGUCGUCGUCGUCGUCAUAGGCCAUUUUUGUGAUUAGCCAUGGUGUGUCUCAUUGUGCGAUGUUCUCUAUUGUCCUUCCAUUCUUGUGCCAAGCACAGAUUACUGGGCAGCUCAUCCAGUCGAGGCAAUCCAAAAUGCGCGUUAGAACCCCACUGGUGACCAAGGCUUUUUUGGAAAUGGCAGCAGGUUUCAGUCUCCACAGCGAAGCUAAGUCUUAAGUACUGUCAGUGAUGGCACACGACAGACACGGUUUUUUUUUUAGAUCAUAAUGUGAAAGUAUGUUUAGAAGAGGAUAGCAUCUCAACAUACAUGUUCAGUAUUAAUGUGAUGACAAGAAAAGGUGUUUUCUUCUCUUAUCCAUCAACUGCUUUGAUUGUCUAUUUGGUUGUUUAUAAGUCCCCACCAGCAACAAAGGCUUGCAAGCAAGUAAACAAACAAGCCAACAUCGACGCCACAUGACAUAGCUUUUUUUUGGUCCCUCUGUUUAAGCAAGGAGCCUUGCUGGAAGAGUUAACGUGUAGAUGAAUAGCACUGUGAUAGGGCUCUCAAGAGACCGGCAGACAGUAGUUUAGUUGAUCAUAUCAGUAAUGCACAGAGCUACUUUUGAAAGGCAUAAUCUAAAAAAAGAAAACAUAGUCUUUACUUCUAGCUGUGGGAGCCAAGUAGUCACUGCGUUUAUGAAGGAUGCAAGAUAUCGUUUCAAGGCAAGGUUUUGACCAUUGAACAUGAAGGAUAACAUUGAUGUGUGUUAUUUCCCGUUCCUUUCGCUUUUUGCAUUGACUUGUAAAAGCACAGUGAGGCAUAUUCUUCACAUUCAGAGAGAAAAAAUUGGCGACUUGAAAUGCGGAUCUUAGUCCAUGACCACAGUUAGUAGCACACUGGAUUUUUAAUCGUGACUGCAUCCACUGACUCCUUGUUACUGUCCACGUUAGAGUCAAUAAAUUAUGGACUUACAAUGUUUUCGGAAAUCAAAUUUAGUUUUAAUGCUAACUGCCAUCUUGAAAUGUUACUUUUUGUUCAUUGUGUUAAUCAGCAGUCAGUGCUAGAGCUUACUAAAUUCAAGACCAUGUCUCAAUGUGAAAUUUAUCUAAAUUUAUAUGUUGACAAUCUCAAGCCUUUGUGCGUGGCUGGACCCUCCUAUCAUUGUGUAUACUGUAUGUUGUGUAGUUUUUUGAUUUUACUAGCCUAAUUUGCACUUGUAGUGAUUAAUUCACAUUGAUUUGUUUGAUUUGUUUGAUUUGUCAAACCAUGGAGUAUCUGUUUGAAAUUAUGUUCUCUAGACAAUGAACGUUUUUUUGUUACCAUGAAACUAUUUGUCAUUUUCUAGUUGUCGUUUUUUUCCUGAUUUCUAUGGGUAUUUGUGACAGACACCACCUUGACUGUGCCAAAUGAAAAAAAAAAAAGGCCAUGGGGGUUGAAAUUGUGCGCUCAAAAAAGUUGCUGCUUUCAAAACAUUCCAUUGGCUGUCUUCGCUGCUCAUAUGCUUCGUGGGCGUUGCACGCAGGAGUACCAUAUGUGUGCGAUUUCCAUUGAUCCUGUCACUGUGUGACAUCCAUUGUCUCCUAGUCUUGGCUAUGAAUCAUCGUGGAUCACAUUCGCUGAUGUACUUGAUUGGAUCAAAAUCAUGCAUGUGAGGCAUGAGUUUAAAUGGAUCAAACAAAAUGUUUUUUUUUUUUUUUUUGGCUGUGCUUUUUUAUUUCUGUUUAUUAAAUGAAGAGGAAAUGAAAAGAAA